AUGCAUUGGGACAAUGUGAGUAAGUCUUGGCAGGAGGCAGGUGGAGGGCUCUGGAACCACUCCUCCACCACCGGCUUUAUCCUCACCAGCCUUCGUAAUGACAGCUGGAUUCACCUGUUUCUCUUCAGCAUCAUGGUGGUGGUCUACUUGCUUGCCUUGGCUGGCAACACUGCCAUGGUUCUUCUGAUCUGGGCUGACACCCGGCUCCACAAGCCCAUGUACUUCCUCCUCAGCCAGCUGUCCUUCCUGGACAUCUUCUUCACCUCGGUCACCGUCCCCAAAAUGAUAGUGGGCUUCCUCUUUGGCUGGACGUGCAUCUCAUUUGGGGGAUGUGGGAUGCAAAUGUUUUUCUCCAUGUUCCUGGGAGCCUCGGAGUGCCUCUUGCUGGCCCUCAUGGCCUAUGACGGCUACGUGGCCAUCAGCAACCCUCUGAGCUACCCAGUGUUCAUGAGCCGCCAGGCCUGCAUGCUCAUGGUGGCCACUUCCUGGCUAGGAGGGUCCCUCAAUGCCACCAUCCAGACCACUCUGACCCUGCAGUUCCUCUACGGUGGCUCGCAGAAGAUUGCGCACUUCUUCUGUGAGGUGCCCUCACUGCUGAGGCUGGCCUGUGCCAACACCGUGGCCUAUGAGCAGAUGCUCUUUGUGAUGGGUGUGGUGGUCCUCUUGGUACCCAUUGCCUUCAUCACCACCUCUUAUGCCCUCAUCCUGGCAGCCGCGCUCCAGAUGCACGCUGUGGAGGGGCGUCGGAAGGCCUUGGCCACCUGCUCCUCCCAUUUGACAGUUGUCAACCUCUUCUAUGGGCCCCUAGUCUACACCUACAUGUUACCCUCAUCCUACCACUCUCCUGGCCAGGAUGAUGUAGUGUCCAUCUUCUAUACAGUCCUCACACCCGUGCUGAACCCUGUCAUCUACAGCCUCAGGAAAAAGGAAGUGACAGGAGCAAUGAAAAAGGUCAUAGGGAAGUGUGGGGUGGGUAGGAUGGCUUAA